GCUCUCUACCCAUUCAAAACCAAGUUUCAGGUUCCGAAACUCUCCUCCCCCAAAGAAGCAUAGAAGAAACUUUUUCCUUAGAUUUGUAAAAAGUUGCAGACAACAUAUUCUUUAUAUUCAAGUCCAUCAUGGAAUUAAGUGUUUUCAGACUCAAACAUCAUCAUGUCGGUAGCAUAUCACUAAUCAGCAAGCUAUUGAUCACUGUUUUUCUGUGCAGUUCAUGUGAUAAACAGUCCAACUGGGGUAGUGGGAACUCAAUGAUUAAUUGUAAACAUGCCUUGGUUAUUCCAUAACUUGCCGACAAUGAUUUAUGCUUUUUUAUCUUUCCCUUCUUUUGUAUUACAUACAAAUUCUGUGUUGGAAUAUGGUGGACCUUUUGGUUUGAUCAAGGACAAGGAUAAGAUAAAGGAGUUCACAAACGUUAACACAGAGGCAUGUUCUUUAUUGGAGGGUUCCGUACGAUGUCACAUAUUUUCAAUGUUAAUCUCCCUUCACUGAGAUUCUCAUUAGAAUAAAUUCCAUGGGGAGAGCAGCAGCGCCGUGAAAUAAUGUUGAUCAAAUUAUUCGUCCUUUCCUGUUUUUGUCUUGUUUGAUACUGUGCUUAAUUUGGGUAGGCUUUAAUUGGAUAACUUGUAGAUGCCAUAUUCAUGAAUAGAUGACCACCACUUCGCUUAAUUCUGGCAUGCAGCCCAACAAUGAUAAGCAGACAUUUCUUGAAGGAUAUUCAUAUGCACUUAAGCAAUAGAUUGUUUCUAGAGAUCAUCUUUGAUAUCUGAAUCCUAUGGGAUGGCCAAUGAACACAAAUCCAUGCCCCAUGUUGAAUUUGCUUUGUUCUUUCACUGUUGAAAACUUCGAAGAUAAAGAUAUUCGUGCAUUUAUGUCUUCCACUGCUGCUUUUUCUCAAAUGCUCUGGUCCCAGCUACUGGAAAAUCUCCCUCUUCCAAAUAUUAAAUGGAUUUGCCCAACUGCUCCUACUCGUCCUGUGGCACUGCUGGGUGGAUUUCCUUGCACUGCAUGGUCCGACGUUGGAGAAAUUUCAGAAGAUAGCCCAGAUGACUGGGAGGGUUUAGAUGCUUCAGCAGCACAUAUAGCAAAUUUACUGUCUACUGAGCCAGCUGAUGUGAAAGUUGCUAUUGGAGGCUUCAGUAUGGGUGCUGCAACAGCCAUUUAUUCUGCAACUUGUGCAGCCUUGGGACAAUAUGGUAACGGUAAUGCGUAUCCUAUCAACCUCAGAGCAGUUGUUGGACUAAGUGGCUGGCUUCCAGGUUCAAGGAGCUUAAGGAGCAAAGUCGAAGGGUCACACGAGGCUGCGAGGCGUGCUGCAUCGUUGCCCAUUUUUCUUUGCCAUGGAACAAGUGAUGAUGUAGUCCCCUAUAACUACGGAGAGAAAUCUGCUCACAGCUUGAAUACAGCAGGAUUCCGAAACCUGAUUUUCAAAUCUUAUGAGGGGCUUGGUCAUUACACGGUCCCCAAAGAAAUGGAUGAGGUUCGCAAUUGGCUCACAGCCAGGCUGGGGCUUGAGGGCUCCCGCUCUUAGUUGCAGAACAGAAUCGGCUUCGGGUUGGAGCUUAUAGGAGAAAGAACAGGGAAAACAAUAACGGGAAGAGGAUGACUGGAUUUUUAUAAGUAGGUAGUAAUAGAACAGGUUAUGGAGCAUAUGGUAUAGAUAAUAUAACCUUCCUAAUUCCCUUUUGCUUUCUUGCCUGACCUUAAAAAUAAAUCUUGCAUGUUUUCAUUUUGAUUGUAUAAUUUAGCAGUGAUGGGUCUAAUCACUUCUGCUUGCUCAGCAUUUUGUAUUGGUUAAUCUAAUAUUCAGUCUAGUGAGUUUUGCCUA